UCUUAAGUCACUGCAUGUGUUCAAACCUUGGCUCAUAAAAACUACAACACCCAGAAAAUACUUCUGCCUCAACCGGCUCCUGCGUUUACCAAAUUACAGAAAGUUUGUCAAGAGGAAUGAAUGCAGCGCCAGUUAGCUAAGCGAAGAGACCAGUGAACUAGUACGACAUCAUGUUGGCCCGUGUGGGUGCUAUGACGACAGCAGUUCUCAGCUCAGCAUUGUUCUGGUCGCAGCAGAAAAACACAGAUCCUGUACAGGCAAACUUGGAUUUGACCAAUACCCCUUGUUCCGACCAGUCUUCAUCUCAAUAUGAGCUAAAACUUGUCCAGGUGUUGUUUAGACAUGGUGCGAGAACACCGUUGAAGUCUAUACCGGAUGUUUUAGAGGCACACUGGGUUCCUGAACUUCUGGAGAUUCCAGAUCACACCAAGAUCGACUAUGUUGUUACAGACUUGCAUGGAGGCCCAAGACCAUCUUCUCCUGUGGAGGAUAGCUAUAGAGCUAGAACACUGGUGGGAGGUACCUAUCCAGGACAGCUCACCACACUGGGCAUGCAACAGCUGUAUGAUCUAGGACUAAGGCUGAGAAGCAGGUACAUUCAGGACAUGGCCUUCCUUAGUUCAAGUUUCAGCAAUAAAGAAGUUUACAUUCGUUCAACCAACAUUGUCCGCACCAUCGAAUCAGCCAAGUGUCUGGUUGCAGGGUUGUUUCAGCAGCAACAGACAGACACUGUGCCCAUUUUAACAGAAGUAGCAGAGAAGGAGAUCUUAUACCCAAACUACCAUGGAUGCAAACUUCUCAAGCUGAUCAGUGGAUCUCGUUGGGCCGAAUCGUCCACGUUGCCUGACAUCGCUUCUGAUCUCCAGAGCCUUCAGAGCGUGUUGGGUGUCGGGCCUCAUCAGCGUCUCGAUUUCAUCCAAAUAAGAGAUGACAUGGUGGCCAGAGAGGCUCACAGCCUCCCGUGUCCUGCAGCGCUCGAUAGCUGGAGAACUAAAGUGGAGGAGAGAGCUGUGGAUAUGAUCUGGCACAUUUAUGAGCCCAGUAACAGGGAGAAUAUACAGCUGUGUGUGGGUCCUAUACUUCAUACUCUUCUCACUAACAUGGAGACCAAGGUUCGGGGUCAUGCCUCAGAUCCAGACAGGAAGCUGUUUCUGUACUCGGUGCACGACACGACGCUGAUGCCGUGCUUGAUGGCGCUGGGCGUGUUCGAUAUGAGAUGGCCUCCAUAUGCUGCUGAUAUCACACUUGAGCUGUACCAACAUCGACACAACAAGCAGCACUAUGUCAAAAUAUCGUACAUCGGCCAGGAUCAGAAAAUCCCCAGCUGUAGUGAUGUCUACUGUCCACUCGGAGAGUUUAAGCAAGCCAUGUCUGUGUACGCUUUGCCUGAGAAAAGCUACCACACCCUCUGCAACCGCAGAGAAGAUGUACCCAACCACUGAGUUAACACUACCUCAUGCAUUUAAACACACACACACACACACACACACACACAUAUAGUGAUGAGGCUCAACACAUGUCGCUUCUGCUUCGUUUAAGUUUACACACAUUGAUGCAAGAACUUUAGUCUGAAGAACUUUCACUUGUUUUAUAAUUUCUAAUGGUAUCACUAUUUAAAUUGUAGUUUAGGGCACUCUCUCUUAGGAAGCUCAGCACUUACAAAUCGUUUGGUCAAACAAAUAAAAACUACAUUCUGUACUUAUUUGAAGUAAUGUUUAAAUAGAUUGGGUUCUUACCACAACAUCAGUCACCAAAACACAAUGAAUUUUGGAAAGAUAUUAUGAAAGAAAUCUGAAACCAGAUUUCAGAAUAAGGCUUUAGUAAAGAUUACUACUACAAGGGACUCAUCACAUGACAAAGAGACACAAGACCCCGAAUAGUGAAACUUAUUUAUUUGUUAUAAUCAGCAGUCUGUCCCUCAGGGGAUUUGCAGCCUCCAUGAGUGUGUGUGUGUUUAUUCCUUUUUCUCUGGGGAGUUUUACUGCACUGUUUACUGAAUAUCUGUGAUGUGACAUAUUUUAUAGAUAAUUUCAGCCUUAAGUGGUUAUCAGUUUGUUUUUUUGUGGCUUUAUUUCAUCUUUGCAUCUGUCAUAAGAAUGUGUUCUUUUAGAAUAUUAAAAGUACAAACAAUUAAAUGGUCGUGUUAAAUAAAGGCUAAAUUAUUUACAGAGAAAA